ACUUUUACGAUCUCAAAGAAAAAUCACAGCCACCGACUCAAUCCCAAGGUGGAGCCCACAGAAUUUGUAAAUAGAUCACAGCCGUCCAUUUGGUCCUUCAUCAGCCCAAGCUGUGACCUUUUUCCAACCAACCCGUAAAAAAAAAAAAAAACAAAUAUUUUAAGAAACAACAGAGGAAGCUCCCAUGAAGUAUCAUGGAAAGUGAGAACGCACACCUCCAUAUUUAAUACUGCUCUAUAUAAACCACCCUCCGACACGCCCACGGAGUGAUCAAGAAAAUGCUCAAAUGGAGAGCCUGAGGAGAUCGAAUAAGGACGUCAUGGGCAAGUCCUCCAAAUCUGUUGUUAAGUGCAAGAAGCACCCAAAACACCGGCAGUCGCCGGGCGUUUGCUCGCGUUGUCUGAACGAAAAACUAUCUCAGCUCUCAUCCAGUUCUGGUUCACGAAGAACCUCUGCCACUGCUGGUUCUGGAUCAUGUUCUUCUUCUCCUUCUUCGUUAUCAUCUUACUCUUCUUCUUCUUCGGCUUCUUCUUGUUCUUCUCCUGUUCAUUUUACCAACGUGGAGGGAAAGAUCAUCAGUUCAUUAUCGUUUCUGUUAAACGGCAAGAAUGUGCUCACUAAGAGCAGAUCCUUGGUUUUCUUUCCAAGAAUGAACAGGCCACGUGGGGAUGAUGACGAUGUUAUGAAUAAGGAUCAGAAAAAAGGUGGGUUUUGGUCGAAGUUUCUUCGUGCAACAAGUAAGAGGCAGACGGAGGAAACUUUGAUGCACUCUAGGACCGUGAGAGAGAUCGUGAUGACUACUGAUUGAUAGGAUAUUCUUCGAAUACAUCCACGGAGGCCAGCUUCUUGUUUUGUUAGUCAUAUGCGUUGCGCGCUUAAUUUUUCUCUCUUCAUAAAUGAGAGCUGUAUCUAUUAGGUUUUGCAAAAACAGAGAAAAGAAAAAAAAGGAAAAAAGAAAAAAAGAAAAAAGCGAGAGAUCAAAGAAAGGAAGAGGUAUAUGUAAAAUAACGCAGAAAGACGAGAAAUUUUUUUCAAUUUUUGUUUUUUUUUUGUUUUUUGUUUUAAUGUAUAUGUAUAUUUGUGCAGUACCAUAUAUUGAUUUUCAGGUUCAAUGAUCAUUUGGUUCUUUGUUUUUA